AGAUGUUGGCUGAUUACCAAACAGGAAAAUUGUGGCAGAUUCUUAAUGUUACUGAAGGAACAUCUUUCUCAUCAACACAGGCAGCAACCAACCUCACCACAAGUGAAGAUUACGAGACUUACCUGAUCGAACACAAGAUCCCAACUUCAAUGAGCAUUGCAUCUCUACCUUCAACUGCUGAGGAAUAUCUUGUCUUCCCAACACAACCUGUUGUUACUUUGCUUGAUAGCGAGGGCCUUCCAGUUACAACACUUGGAAGCAUCUGGUCAGUUAGUGUUGCUCUUGAUACAACCAAUGGAGACAACAGAGCUACUUUGAUGGGAACAACAACUGCAACAUUCAACCAAAAUGGCACAGCAAUCUUUACCAACUUGAUGAUAACUCACUCGGGGAGUGGAUAUGUGCUUAGGUUCACUAUCUCUCAACCUACUGGUGUCAACGUACAAGCGAGCCCAACCAUAGAAAUCACACAACGAACCGUGAACGUUGCAUUUACAUCUGGAGUUGGUUCAUUGAUUAAUCACAAUGAUGAUGCUUUGAUGACAAUGCAAUUACAAAACAGCGCAGGUGAUAACCUUCCCAUGGUCGGGUACAAGGGUCAUACAUGGAAAGCCACCGUUGCAUUUGAUGAUCCCACUCUAUACAAGGGAGCCAAGAUCAGUGGAAUCACAACUUUCACAUUCGAUCCAUCAACAGGAAGUGUUUCAACCGCCGGUCUCAAGAUAUUGAGCACACUAAGUUACCAUAAAUACAACCUUCUCUUCACUGUGACAACCGAACCAGCACUCUACAACAUAUUUGCUCAAGCUGAACCUAUUCAGUUCAAAUCACCAACUGAUGUUCUUCAUCUUUCAACCACAGUUAUCCGUAAAGCUUCACUUGAAUUGGAGGGCCAGAGUUUCCUGCAAAGAGCUAAAACCACCGUGCCACAAGUUACAACAUUCACAACCUUCAUGCACAACUCGAUGGUCACUCAAUUACCAACAGUCAUGAUAAGUGGACUCACUGCAACUGUUAACUCAGAUGGCAACACUGUUGUUGAGUUUACCAUUAACGCAUACAACGACAGCAUUGCUGACGAGGCAGUGGUCACUUUGAGGGGCAAUGCUGGAAAUCUUGGGCUCACAUUUAACGGACAACAACUCACCGUGGUUAACCCCGCUUGUGCCGUGAAGAUUGACGAUGUCUGCUCAACUCAAACCAACAACAUUAUGGUGGAUCCAACAGGAGUUGAAGCGUGGAUUAUAAUUGUUGCGUGCGUCGUGGUGGCCGUGGUGCUUGCUGUUGGAUUCAUUGGAUUCUCUUGUUACAUGAAACGAGCGCACCGUGGCAAAGUUGCUUCAGGAGCUUGCAUGAGUUCCUCACACAGCUCACUUGGAUCCAGUGCUUUCAUCACAGGGUCAUCUGAGAACAGCACCCCAGUACCACCAGUAACUCCUGUUAACAUCUAAAGGAGAUUCGAUAACUGACACUGACGGAAACAAAACGGACCGAAAACGAUUUAUGAGAUUUCUAUUUUUUAUUAUUUUUAUAUCUUUCUAUGUUUAACAAGACCUUCCAUAUAACUGUGAUAAUUAAGAUUCAACUACUUCAAUACUGUUCUCAUUCAUUUAAUCAAGUUAGUUUUCGAUUAAACACGCCACUUCCAAACACUGUGCAUUAAGUUCACUGUAGUAAGUCCAGAGCCAUGUAAUAAUACAUGUUUGAUGUGUGAAAA